AUGGUAGCAUCAAUCACAAGAGCACGUCAACUCAACAAGGGAGGCCCAACAGGAAGAAUAGCAGAUCGGGACAAGACUGCCGCGUUUCUGUACCUCGUGCGCAUUUGCACUCUGCGACUCGGCUGGCUUUGCGUUUUAGCGCUCGUCACAUCUGCCUUUUGGGAUAAGAAGUGGCGUCUUGUUCUCAAACCCAUCAAGCAGCAGCAGGCAAAAAUGCAGAGUCGUCCGAGCAUCGCAAGGUAUACUGCCCAUUAUACAUCCGUUCUCCGGUGGGGAUUCCAAAGCAUUUGGAAAGGCCUCUUCCAUGCCAUUCAGCAUGCGCUGCGGCGCAAUCACCUCCAAGGACUUAUUUCUACUCGCUUUGCCCCAGUCUCGUCAUCCCCCAAAACCGUCCUUCUCCCAACGCUGAUGCGAUUCCGCAAUUCUCCACGGUUCAUUCGAAGAAAUAUCUGUGCGUCGUAG